AUGUCAAUGAAAGAGGAUUAUUACGAUUACCUUUUUAAAAUUGUCCUAAUUGGAGAUUCGGGAGUAGGAAAAUCAAACCUGCUUUCCAGAUUUACAAGGGACGAAUUUAACUUAGAAAGUAAAAGUACGAUAGGCGUAGAAUUCGCUACAAAAAGUAUUCAAUUAAAAAAUGAUAAAAUUAUAAAAGCACAAAUAUGGGAUACAGCAGGCCAAGAAAGAUAUAGAGCCAUUACCUCGGCAUAUUAUCGAGGGGCAGUAGGGGCUUUGCUAGUUUAUGAUAUAACUAAAAAAAAUACCUUUGAAAAUAUUGAAAAAUGGUUAAAAGAAUUAAGAGAUAAUGCCGAUUCAAACAUUGUUAUUUUAUUGGUUGGUAAUAAAAGCGAUUUAAAGCAUUUACGUGUAAUAAAUGAUAAUGAUGCAACCCAGUUUGCAAAAAAAGAAAAAUUAGCUUUUAUUGAAACCUCAGCUCUUGAAGCUACGAAUGUGGAAUUAGCAUUUCACCAGUUAUUAAACGAAAUCUAUAAUGUCAGACAAAAAAAACAAGCCACAAAAAGUGAAGAUAAUGUAAACAUACAACCACGAGGAAAAAAAAUUAAUGUGGACGAUGAUAAUGAUGAAAAUGAAAAAAAACUCAAAACAAAAUGCUGUUGA